GAAAAGGGGUGAUUCAUAUCGAUUCGUCACACCAACAAAGAUUCUUUUUUUUUUGAACCUUUCGGUGUGUUAUAAAACUCAUUUCUGCAACUCUCCAAAUUAGAAAACACAGAGCCGCCUUCUUCAUAUUGAAACCCUAGCUCCGGCCUGCCAUUUGCGGUGGUGCCGGAGGCAAAUCCCCUUUCCCUUUUCUUAUUUUCCCUUUGCUCUUUUUCUCCCCAAUCAAUCCCAACCGAUAUACUUGCCUCUCUGAGCCAGUUCGAGCCCUAGCGGAGACGCGUUUCAGCUCGACGGUGACGGUUCCCGGCGUUCUUUGGAGAGGCGGUGAGGUUGUCCGUGAGACUGAGGAGAGUUGAGUCGGCGUUUUAGGAUCGAAGAACUUGUCAGAUCUGGUUUUCCCAUCUUCAGAUCUUCGACAAGUGCUUCACGACGACGGCGCGUGUACCGGUCUGACAACUUCUCUAUGACGGAUCUAACUCCUAGCGUGGAGCUGAGACAGUCAGAGAAGAGUUUUUACAGUGCGGUGGAUGAAGGAUUGUUCCCUGGUUCUCGGGGACAUCACGCUCCAAGACACAAGCCGACGGAGUAGUCAACCGGAGGACUGGUUUUGGUCGGGAAGCGUGGCGGAACUAUACUUCCCUGCGCCGGUGUUUGGUCUGAGGUCAUCCCGGUGGUAUGAGUUUUGCACCUUCUGAAGCGGUGAUACGAAGUAUGUACUGGUCUUGUCAACCGUUCGUCAAUGUUCGUUUUUCAGUCCGGAUGUGUCUGUCCGGUUUUUGGCUAAGGAUCGAGGCAGUGGAAGAAGACGGAUAUGAACUGAGACUGGAAUGCGCCUUUUAGGUGUUGAGUUCCAGUUCGCGUUCGCUACUAAAGCUCGAUCUCUCAUUCCGGAUGGUUCUGUCUGGUUUUUGGCUGAGGAUCAGGAUGUUGAAAGCAGGUGAUACAAAACUAUUCUGGGAACGCGCCUAAUGGUGGAGAUGUUGUCUGGUCAAGUUUAUCACGCCGAUCUUAAGGGACCAACAGCCUGGGAUAAUCUGUAAUCUCGGUUUUAGGCUUAUCUCAUAUGUUAGUAGAUGUGUCUGUAUCAUGAGGUCUAAUUAGGUGGUUAAGAGACGGUUCCUCUCGGGUCGUGGGAAGAACUCGUCUCAUCGUGGUGAAAAAUACACCGAUGAAUUAGAUUGGGUAGUCUUGGAUCCAAACCAGUUUCGACUCCAGUGUUCCUUAGGCGAUACUAGAUCUCGUCGGUUGUAUGUUGGGUUUAAAAUCUCUUGAGGUUUGCAAUCCUGUAUUCACAUUUGGUUAAUGAAAAGUUGAUGUUGAGUUAAAAAAAAAAGAAUAAGAAGAAAAGGUCGAAAAGAUCGAGCUAUCAUGGUUAGAUCAGAGUUAGGAAGAAGAAGCUUUUUAACUAGAGCAGAGAUGGCGCCUGCUCCGAUGAUUUCUCGUCGGAGGUGUUCAAUGUCCCCUACUCUAGAGACCAUUUUCGAAGAAAAGUCUGAUGAUUUAAAUUAUCAAGAAUAUUGUUCAAAACUUGAGGUGGGACAAGGACACCGUCUUUUUCUCCUCGUUCCGGCGAUCAUAUCGGCCGUUUCUUGUGUUUUGUUGUAUAGACAUGAUCGUGUUGUUCGAUUUUCUUGAAUAUAUUUACAUAUAUGUAUAAGCGUUUCAAUGUAACUUGUGUAAAAUCAGAAGAGCCUUUUUUGAUGUUGUGUGGUAAAUGUACGUAUAAGCAGGAUACUUUUCUAUAUAAAAUCUUAUGCCUCUGUUUCAA